GAAGUGCACGGGCCGGCAAGAUGGCGGCUGUAGAGAGCCGACUGUGGGGCCUCCACUAUCUCUACCGCGUGCUGUUCUUCUUCUGGCAGUUCUGCAUUCUGCUGGGCGAUGAAAGUACCGAAAUCCCACCUUAUGUGAUGAAGUGUCCAAGCAAUGGUUUGUGUACCAGACUUCCUGCGGACUGUGUAGAGUGUGCAACAAAUUUCUCCUGUGUCUAUGGGAAGCCUGUCACUUUUGACUGUACAGUGAAACCAUCUGUUACCUGUGUUGAUCAAGACUUCAAAUCCCAAAGGAACUUCAUCAUUAACAUGACUUGCAGAUUUUGCUGGCAGCUUCCCGAAACAGAUUAUGAGUGUUCCAAUUCCACCAGUUGCAUGACAGUGUCCUGUCCUCGGCAGCGUUACCCUGCCAACUGCACAGUGCGGGACCACAUCCAUUGCUUGGGUAACCGUACUUUCCCCAAAAUGCUAUAUUGCAAUUGGACUGGAGGCUAUAAGUGGUCUACUGCUCUGGCUCUAAGCAUCACCCUCGGUGGGUUUGGAGCAGACCGUUUCUACCUGGGCCAGUGGCGAGAAGGUCUCGGCAAGCUCUUCAGUUUUGGUGGCCUGGGAAUAUGGACACUAAUAGAUGUCCUGCUAAUUGGAGUUGGCUACGUUGGACCAGCAGAUGGCUCUCUGUACAUUUAGCUGCAGUAUGUGCUUCAGAAAGGAGCAGUGCUUAGUAAUCCUUUUGCCUGUAGGAAUUGGUGUAGUGUGAGUGAUGUAUUUAUAUGUUUUUAAUGUACAGCAUCUGUACUUUGCUUGCCUUGAUGAAGGUAAAAUAAAGAAAUGAAACACUGAACCGU